CUGGGCUUUCCUGACGGCUUCCUCACUUUACGACAGCAAUAAGUAUGGCGGCGUUCGGUGGAAGAUUUGAAAGUGCGAGGAGCAUCGCCGAACGCCGGGAGCGGACCCGCGAGGCCAGGGCCGAGGUGCUGCGCCAGGCCAAAGCCAAUUUUGAAAAAGAAGAAAGGUGUAAAGGACUUAAGCGCCUUCGAGGUGAAGACACAUGGAUGCUACCUGACGUAAAUGAGCGAAUUGAACAGUUCUCACAGGAACAUUCUAUGACAAAAAAGAAGAAAAAAGAGAAACAUUCAAAGAAGACAAAGAAAGAGAAGAAAAAAAAGAGCAAGAAACAAAAAUAUGAAAAAAGUGAAUCAACCGAUAGUUCAUCAAGCUCCGAAGAUGAGUGGGUUGAGGCUGUUCCACCCCAGAUAUCUGGCAAGGAAAAGGCCUGGAAAGUGAAAGACGAAAAGUCAGAAAACCAAGGCCACAGCCAAGUUGUUCAGAGGGAUGAAUGGAUGACUGUUAACUUUAUGACUGUUAAAGCUGUGUCCUCCUCAUCACUCAAAGCUGAAAAGGAAACUCUAAGGAAAAUGGAGCAAGAGAAAACCCAAGCACUUGAACAGUCCAAACUGCUGGAAAGAGAAUUGAAUCCAUACUGGAAGGACGGAGGGACAGGUCUUCCAUCAGAAAGCUGUCAUGUGUUGGCAGUUACUAAAGCUUCAGGAGUAGAAGAUGGUGGAUUAAGCUGGCUAAGAAAGUCUUAUCAAAGAAUGAAAGAACAAGCUGAGAAAGAAGAUAAAAAUGUUGAGGAUAUUGUGGCUGAAAGAUACGGGUCAAUGGAAAUAUUUCAGUCAAAAUUAGAAGAAGCUGAAAAAGUUGCAUGCAGAGAAGAUUGUAGACGAGAACGGUGGAGGAAACCAGCGCGUUCAGAUAAAGGACAGCAUAGUCAAGCACGUGGCGCCUCAGCUUUAGAGAAAUGUGACAGAGAUUCAAAGGAGAGACAUGGGUCAGCAGCAUCAAGCAACAGCAGCAACCAUAGGUCUAGUGGCCCUGAAAGAGGUGGUAGAUCUGGGUCAUCAGAAACGCUUAGAAGAGAGUCUACCGUAAAGCAAAGCGAAAAGACCUUUUCUGAAAACUUGAGACCUAAAUUCUUAAAACCCUCUGAUGAUGAUGAACUGCCUUUUCACAGCAAGAGCAGAAAAUUUGAACCAUCACCUUCAUCUUCUGCACUAGUGGCCCAGGCUUCUUCACAUCAUGGUUUUCGAAAACCCGUGGAGGACAGUGAGGAAGAUUUGUCAUCCUGGGGUCGAGCUAGUGGGCGAGAAAGAGACAAGAGCCAUUCGGAUGAAAGGCCAAUGGAAACUUGUAGCAGCAGUGACCAUCCACAUACUCCAGGAGAUGUGAGAGAAUCAGAGGCUGAGAGCUUGAGAGGUGACCCAUCGAGGGGAGGACGUGUGCAGGACACAGAGUUUGCAUUUGCUGGUCCAAAGGCUGAGUCCACCCAGAUCCUCAGUGUGGAUGAAAAGAACAAGCUGGGAGCCAAGAUUAUCAAGGCAGAGAUGAUGGGGAAUAUGGAUGAAGACCAGCGAGAAGUGGUCCUUGUCAGGACAGAUGACUCCGGCAGAGCGUGGCCUUUGAACACCCCGGGAGACGCUCCGGAAUUUCAAGCGGGAAGGAGGAGGAGACAGAAGGUUUCAACCCAUGAAGAAAAAGAAAGGGUCAGAUACUUCCCUGAUGAUGAUCGUCUGAGCCUCAGCGAUUUAGUCAAGAAUGAAAAGAUGGGAACAGCAGUGGAUCAAAACAAACUUUUUAUGAGGAUGGCAUCGAAGUUUAUGGGAAAACCAGAUGGAGAUUAUUAUACUCUGGAUGACAUGUUUGUCUCCAGAGCAGCUGAGAAAGAACAUGUUGGUGAAGAGGAGAGUCAGAGGAGAAGAGCUAUCGCCGAGCACCAGAGUCUUGCUGCACAAAUGGAGAAAUGUCUCUACUGUUUUGACAGCUCUCAGUUUCCCAAGCAUCUUAUUGUUGCAAUCGGCGUGAAGGUUUAUUUAUGUUUACCCAACUUCCGGUCUCUUACUGAGGGGCAUUGCCUCAUUGUCCCACUGCAGCAUCAUCGAGCAGCAACUAUUCUGGAUGAAGACAUCUGGGAGGAGAUUCAGAUGUUUAGGAAAUCGUUGGUAAAGAUGUUUGAAGAUAAAGGAUUGGACUGUAUCUUUCUGGAGACUAACAUGGGCAUGAAGAAACAGUAUCAUAUGGUUUAUGAAUGCAUUCCCCUCCCAAGGGAAGUGGGUGACAUGGCUCCUAUCUAUUUUAAGAAAGCCAUAAUGGAAUCCGAUGAAGAAUGGUCCAUGAACAAGAAGUUGAUUGAUUUGUCUUCAAAAGAUAUUAGAAAGUCUGUACCCAGAGGCUUGCCUUACUUCUCUGUGGAUUUUGGUCUUCAGGGAGGAUUUGCCCAUGUCAUUGAAGAUCAACACAAAUUCCCUCAUUACUUUGGAAAGGAAAUCAUUGGUGGUAUGCUGGAUCUGGAACCCAGACUUUGGAGGAAAGGGAUCCGAGAAAGCUUUGAGGACCAGAGGAAGAAAGUGCUACAGUUUGCUCAGUGGUGGAAGCCAUAUGAUGUCACCAAAAAUAAGAGUUGUUGAAGUGCACCACCAUGUUUAAUUUCCUCUUCUGUCCACUGCAUCCAGCCAGACAACUGAGCCUCUGUCAGAGGGGAAGGCAGCAACAGCAGACUGCUCUGGGUCUCUGACAGCCUCGUCCUGCUGGAUCCUGUUGUUUUCUUCCUCGUGGUUCCUGGGGACUUUACUUUGGUGACUGGAGUCAGAGCAGAGAUGUUGGGGUGAUCUGCUCACCUGCCCUCUGUUCCUACUGCUGCAUCAUUCGGUUCAUCUCGAGAGGACUUGUCUCAGGCAGUAGCUAAGGAGGCCUAGCAGGCUCUGGAGGAAAGUGGUCUGCUUCUGAGAGUCUG